AAACGCGCAACAGGCCAGCGAAUGGCAUCUAUAGUAGUUUUAGUCCGACCGCGGGAGCCUCUCGUCGAAUACGUAGUGUGCUGUGGCGCAGGGCGAACCAAUAGGAGAGUUACCUUGGAAUACCGCCGAAAAAAACGACCGUGUUGUGCGAAAUAAUGAUUUUGAGUGUCAAACGGUGCUUUAUUGAGUGUUUGUGAUGUGAUACCUUGGUACCCGACGCUGUGGCUUCUUCUAGAAUCGCAAUGGAACGCUCGGAAUGUGAUGGAUAGUUAAUAUGUCUAAUGGCUCCGGAUGAGCGGGGGCAGCACCGUCGCGGCCGUUGGCGGUGCAGCGGCGGCGCUACGAUCGGCCGCCGCCGCCGGCGACCUCGCCACGUGCCAGCGCCUGCUGGGGGCGGCGAAAUGCGCCCGCUUCUCGCGCGACGAACACGGACGCACCGCCCUCCAUCUGGCGGCGGGCGGCGGCCGCGUGGCGGUGGUGCGGCUGCUGCUGGACGCCGCCGCCCCCAGGGAGGUGGACGGACCGGACGGGGCGGGCUGCACGGCGCUGCAGAGGGCGGCGGCUGACGGCCACGAGGAGGUGGUGCGGCUGCUGCUGGCCAGGGGGGCGGACGUCGACAAGCAAGACACGCUGCAUGGCAACAGCGCAUUACACGAAGCUGCGUGGAAAGGUUACAGCCGAAGUCUGCGCAUCUUGGCGGCCUCGGGCGCCAAGUUGUCCGUCGUAAACGCCGGGGGGUUCACAGCUUUACACCUGUGUUGCCAGAACGGCCACAACCAGUGUUGCCGCGAGUUGCUUUUGGCAGGUGGCAAUCCGGACACGCAGAAUAACUACGGCGACACGGCGUUGCACACGGCUGCGAGGUACGGGCAUGCGGGUGUCACCAGGAUUUUGAUUUCCGCGCAGUGUAAGGUUAGCGAGCAGAAUAAAAAUGGCGACACUGCCCUGCAUAUUGCGGCGGCUAUGGGACGCAGAAAGCUGACCAGGAUUUUGUUGGAAGCGGGUUGUGAGAGGAGUGUGAGGAACAAGCAAUGUGAAACUGCCAGGGACAUAGCCUUGCGGAAAGACUUGCGCGAGAUAGUGCCCAUAUUGGAGGAUAUAGUCCCGAAGAAGGAUAAAAAGUUGCAGAAAGCAGCCAAGAAGAGGUCCAAAAGCAAAGUUAGAUUCGAAGGAAAAGACGUUGUAGAUAGCCCCGAAAAACCCAAAAACUGGUCUCCUUACGGAUGCCACUACUACCCUGACCCAGAAGCCUUUCCUUCGCCUAGAUUAGACUCCCUACCUCACGAGCCUUUGAAAAAAGGCGAACAGUACUACCUAGACUUGGCCGGCAACAUUUGCAAAGGCCCUGUGGGUGUGGGCUACACCUGCUACUGCGCACCGCUGUUCAGGCACAUCGAGGCCAAGCUCGAAAAGGACAAGAAAGAGUUACAAAGAGCGCAAGUGCGUUUAGGGCAACGAGUGGCAGGUUUAGAGCAAAAGUUAAACCGCGGAUCGCACGCUAGACGGUCGGAAAGAGUUCAACCCACAACGUCCAGGGAAAUUGAGUCCAAUUUGGUGCGUAGCAGAAGCCUGGAGAUGCUGGACAACAUUGAAAUCGCCCCCCCUACAAACUACAAGGUAAAACCAUUAUACAGACUGUAUAGAAUCAAGAGUAUGGAUGAGCUUGACCCCGUGAUCGCAGACGCAGACUUCAGACCCUCGGUGAAGGAACUCGUGGCCAGGAUCCAGCAACAGGUGAAUAGCAACUCGGGGGGCAACAAUUCCGAGUCUAGCGACGACGACGACGCCCCCUUGCGGAUGACGCACCAAAAGGGGCCGAUGGGCGACUCCAACAUGGCGUCGGUUGGGCUGCAGAUGCCCAAUUACGAGAACGUGCCCACCAAUGAGGCGCCCAGGUCCAGGAGCGGGUUGUACAAUCCUAACGGUGGCAGUACUGCUCUUAUCGAUUCGAAUACCAGGUACAUCGAGCCGAUCGUGAAGAUACAGGAGUCUAAUAUAAGGUAUAACGACACUUACACCAAGUACAUGCACCCACCCGCUUCGGGCGCCAAACUGGACCCGCGCUACCAGCACCAAGCGGCACCGGAAACCCGCUACCACCAGCCGGAAGGCGACUUCCGGCUGCAGUACUACGCCGCGCAGGAGAUCCCGCCCCCCGCCCAGGCCUACUACGACCACGGCGUGAACGCCAGGCUGGCCAAGCUGAGGCUGCUCGACGGCGCAAAGGCGCACGACGCGAAGACGCCGCUGGAGGGCACGUCGCGACGCCUCGACACGACGCGCUACGACCAGAACCACAACGACCACGUCGACAGGGACACGAACAACGAUUCGGGGUACUCCACCAAGGUGUACGGCAGCAGCAAGGGCAACUCGCCCAGUUUGUCGGGGCAGAUAGACAACGAGUGCAUAGGCGCGUCCAGUUUGGUGUGACAGUGUUGCCAAGUUCGCGGAACUCGUACGAAACUUGUGUUCUCAGUGCCUUAAACAUUAACAAGAUGAAGAUUUUUCUACUACCUUUUUGUUGUUGAUUUCGAAAUUAAUUUAUUUUUUUAACACACACACGCAAACUGUUGCAAGACAUUGAAUUUUAUAUUUUAUUUUUUUGACAAAUUGUUGAUUAAUAUGUAUAUGUAGUAUAUUAAUAAAGCAUAUAUUUUAUUUAAAACGAUCUUUUUUAUUAUCCGAAAGCAACCCAAGAAACAAUUUUGUUUUAAUUAAUUUGGUUACAGAAACAUUUAUAUCACCCUUAUAUACUCCUUAAAGAGCUUAUU